AUGGCUUUUCUAGCAACCUCAUUCAUUUUUAUUCCUUUCUUUCUUCUUAGCUUAUGCCUUAAAGGCACUUUUGCUGAUUAUGGAGGUGGAUGGGAAAGUGCUCAUGCCACAUUUUAUGGUGGUGGAGAUGCUUCCGGCACAAUGGGAGGGGCUUGUGGUUAUGGAAAUUUGUAUAGUCAAGGCUAUGGAACCAACACUGCUGCACUAAGCACUGCUCUAUUUAACAAUGGAUUGAGCUGUGGGUCUUGCUAUGAGAUGAGAUGUGACAAUGACCCUAAAUGGUGUCUUCCUGGAAGCAUAUUGGUAACUGCAACAAACUUUUGUCCACCAAACUUUGCAGAGUCUAAUUCCAAUGGUGGAUGGUGUAACCCUCCUCUUCAGCACUUUGAUCUUGCUGAGCCUGCUUUCCUGCAAAUUGCUCAAUACAAAGCUGGAAUUGUUCCUAUUUCCUUCAGAAGAGUCCCCUGUGUGAAGAAAGGAGGAAUCAGGUUCACAAUCAAUGGACACUCAUACUUCAACUUAGUUUUGGUAACAAAUGUGGGUGGAGCUGGAGAUGUUCAUUCUGUAUCCAUCAAAGGAUCAAAAACAGGGUGGCAAACCAUGUCAAGAAACUGGGGGCAAAAUUGGCAAAGCAACAAUUACCUUAACGGUCAAAGCCUUUCUUUCCAGGUUACUACAAGUGAUGGCAGGGUUGUCACUAGCAACAACGUUGUGCCUAGUAAUUGGCAAUUUGGACAGACAUUUACAGGGGCACAAUUCUAG